GCAGCGCGCGCUUUGAGACCAGGGCCUCGGCCCCUGGUCCCGCGCGCUUGGGGGAGUGGCGCUCCGUUGGGCGCCUUCUGUGGUUUGCGAUUCCACUCCCAGACUCCCACAGCACGGUCACUUCCUUCUUUCUGCCCAGUCUAGUCACUUAUUCCCCACUGAGCUGGCUUUCCUUACGGCCCCUGGCCCUGUUCUUGCCCCAGCAUGACUUUUUUCAGGGCGCCGUUGUAGGAGCCUCCCGCAGGAGCUCUGUUCCCAUGAAGAUCCCACUGGUGACUCUCCAACCCCGCCACCAUGAACGGGGUCUUGAUCCCUCAAACGCCCAUCGCUGUGGACUUUUGGAGCCUGCGCCGGGCUGCCUCCGCCCGGCUCUUCUUCUUGUCCCACAUGCACUCGGACCACACCGUGGGUCUCUCUAGCACCUGGACCCGGCCCCUCUACUGCUCCCCAAUCACCGCUUACCUCUUGCACCGUCACCGACAGGUAUCUAAGCAGUGGAUCCGAGCCCUGGAGGUUGGUGAGAGCCAUAUCCUGCCUCUAGAUGAAGUUGGGCGCGAGACCAUGACUGUAACCCUCAUCGAUGCCAAUCACUGCCCUGGCUCUGUCAUGUUUCUGUUUGAAGGAUACUUUGGAACCAUUCUCUACACAGGGGAUUUUCGGUAUACACCGUCCAUGCUGAAGGAGCCAGCCCUGAGACUGGGGAAACAGAUCCAUACCUUAUACCUAGACAACACCAAUUGCAACCCAGCCCUGGUUCUUCCUUCCCAAGAAGAAGCUGCCCGCCAGAUUGUUGAGCUCAUUCGAAAGCACCCACAACAUAACAUAAAGAUUGGACUCUAUAGCCUGGGAAAAGAGUCACUGCUGGAGCAGCUGGCCCUGGAGUUUCGGACCUGGGUGGUAUUGAGUCCUCGGCGCCUGGAGUUAGUGCAGCUACUGGGCCUGGCAGAUGUGUUCACAGUGGAGGAGAAGGCUGGCCGCAUCCAUGCCGUGGACCACAUGGAGAUCUGCCAUUCGGCUAUGCUGCGUUGGAACCAGACCCACCCUACCAUUGCUAUCCUCCCCACCAGCCGGAAAAUCUACCGUUCCCACCCCGAUAUCCACAUCAUCCCUUACUCUGACCACUCCUCCUACCCUGAGCUCCGUGCCUUUGUCGAAGCACUGAGGCCUUGCCAGGUGGUGCCCAUUGUCAGGCGACAACCCUGUAGGGACUACUUUCAGGACAGCCUGAGCCCCAGGCUCUCUGUGCCUCUGAUUCCAGACUCUGUACAGCAAUACAUGAGUUCCUCCUCUAGAAAUCCAAGUUUUCUCUGGCUAUUGUUAGAAAGGAAGCUAAAGAGACUGAGAACCCAGGGUGUCGUGUUUGAAUCCCUUGAGGAAAAUGCUGAUCACUCGCAAGCUGACAGGGACUUGAAGAAGACCAAGAAUGAGAACCUUUCUGGGGAGCUUGAGAAGCGGCCCUCCCACCAUCCUUUGAAGAUCAAGAAGCAGCCGUUCCCAGACAUCCGCAACAAAGAAUGGGAGGGUGCAGUCCCUUCCUCCGAGUCCCAGAAGAUGGUGACUGUAUUGACUGCCCCCUCGGGUUUUUCAGUGCACUUAGGGUGUACAGAUAAAGAAUUUUCCUCUCCGGAAACUGGGGAGGAAAUCAGUGUAGGGCCCUACUUGGUACCCAGGGGAGACAAUGCGGGCUCAGCAGCCACAGGGAACCAGAGAGCCUGGAUGGGCCAGGAUUCUCCCCAGUCUCACAGCAGCAAGGCUGCCCCUCUUCUGGCUCCUGAGUACAGGGGCCUGGCACUCAAAUACCUUCUGACUCCAGUGAACUUUCUCCAGGUAGGGUUCUCUUCCAGGGGCUUUGACCAGCAAGCGGAAAAAUACCAUCAACUCUUGCUCAAGUACAGACAGGAGAGUACAGAAUGACAACCUUGUUUGAUCCAACACUGCACUUUUUUAAAAAAAUUCAUCAAGAGUUGUUUAUUUUCAAAGUUAGCACUCUUUGUAUUUCUACCACUAACAAAUGGGCAGUGCCACAUCAACACUGCACUUUUUUUUUUUUUUUUUUUUUGCGGUACACGGGCCUCUCAGUGUUGUGGCCUCUCCCAUUGUGGAGCACAGGCUCCGGACGCGCAGGCUCAACGGCCAUGGCUCACGGGCCCAACCGUUCCGCGGCAUGUGGGAUCUUCCCGGACCAGGGCACGAACCCGUGUCCCCUGCAUCAGCAGGCAGACUCUCAACCACUGCACCACCAGGGAAGCCCAACACUGCACUUUUGAAGAUAGUGGCUGAUGGCUUAUUUGGGGCCUUACUUUUCUGUGGUACAUGCCCACCCUGUAACAAGACUUCUCAAAGCGUGUUCAUUGGAAUCCUAGUGUCUAUGGAAUCCUUAGUUCUAUAAUUGACUUGUGUUUAAGAAACACUUUACAUUAUAACCCCUUUACAGUAUAUGUGAGCACAUUAAAUGUUCUGGGAAGUCCUGCAGUAAUUUAAUCUGUUUAACUUUGUUUAACCCAGUAUUUCUCCAAACUUUUUUUUUUUUGGCUGUGUGGCAUGCGGGAUCUUAGUUCCCUGAUCAGGGAUCGAACCCGCGCCCCCUGCAGUGGAAGCAGAGUCCUAACCACUCUGCAGACUUUGUGAACAUGCAGUUCUCUUGUGUGGCUGCAGAAAGAGAUAGAGUCUGAUCAAAAAGGACCAGUUUAUUCCCAUUGUUUUGUGUGUCAUGUGUCAUUCCCCAUGUCCCCUUCUGUCUCUUCCUAGAUAAAAGUCCCUAGGUAGUUCUGUUUUUUAAUUUAGGAACUGUGGUGCAGGAGGAUAAAGUGACCCAGGCAGCACGUUCCAAUCCUGAAGGUCACUGAUUUGCUGUGACCCCAUCCAAGUCACUUCCUGUCUCUGCCUCUGGGAGGGAACAGGAAGUGAUGAAGAUCCUUGAAAAACUGGAGAAAAUUUCCACCUCUGCCUCCGUGAGAGUUUGCAGUUAGUGUCCCUGAGGACCUACCUGGAAGACAGCCAGCUGGGGGACUGGGCACCCCUCACCAAGGCAGUAUCUGGAACCCAGCCAAACAUUAGGCUUAGAGUAAGAUGGGCCUCCCAGCUGCCUAGAGGCCCUGACUAUUUGGCUGAAAUAAGGUUACAAAAGAUCAAAUGUGCUGCCAGAUCGUCUUGAUUGUUCACACAGCUGGGAUAUUUGUUGCCCCCCUCCACCCAGUAUCCCCCCCUUCCAUCCUUGGGUUGAGUAGGGAGCUGGAGGACAUAGCCUGUUUGUUUCAAUAACCAGGGCAGAGACGAAGGAGCCAGCUGGUGGAAGGGGUGAGGGUGUGCAGUUCUGCCCUGACCUUCUGCUCACAGCCUGACAAAAUGCCAAACCAAUAAGCAGGACAGCAGAUACCACAGUCACAGGGGGCACAGGCAUGUGGAGCUGGGCACAUGGAUAAAAACAAUGAAGAAGCCUCUGAUUCUUGUCCAGGGGGCUGGAAAUUGUCUACUUCUGGAGGAAGAUAUAAAGAGUUUAGAAAGCAAAAUAAGGCCUUUCUCUUGGGCAAGCUGUAUACAGCUCUGUUUUGUCAGUGACCUUCACUGUAAGCCUCCCAUGGGCCCACUAGGAGCCAUAGCAGGUGAGGCAUGUGGGGUAGCAGGGUACAUGGGCACUGUCCUGGGCUUGAAUCCAGGGUACCUGGGCAAAUAGAGAUAUCAGGCUUCCAUAGCAGAGCCUCAGUUUCUCAUCUGUAAACCAGGGACUCUCCUGAUUGCUUUGGAGGUUAGAGAAUUGGUAAAAUUCCUAGCUCAGUGCCUAUCACAUGAUGGAUAUUUUAAAUAUUGGUUCUCUCAGCCUCUGGUUCUUUAAAAAAAAAAUAUUCUCUAUAUAAAAUAAGAAACUUUGGAAGUCAUACAAAAUAUAAAGAAAAAAUCAGAAUUCCUCCAUGUAGAUCAAUUAUUUUCUAGUCUUUUUCUGUGCAUGUAAAUAUAUUAA